ACGUCAGCGCGCCAUUCGCGGAAGUGGGCCAAAAGUCACGGCUGAGUGUUUCUUUCGCAGCACAGUUUGACACCGAGCGGUCCUGCGAACACAUUUCACUCAUAAUCAUUAAUUUCACUGUCAUCUCAUCAUGUCUGUGCCUUUGAGAUUCGACGGCAAGGUGGUGCUGGUGACCGGAGCAGGCGGAGGUUUGGGCAGGGAAUACGCGCUGGCGUUCGGGCAGAGAGGAGCCGCUGUCAUCGUCAAUGAUCUGGGUGGAGAUAUUAAAGGUGGAGGCAAGAGCUCAGCGGCUGCUGAUAAAGUGGUGGAGGAGAUCAGAGCUGCAGGAGGGAAGGCUGUGGCCAACUAUGAUUCAGUGGAGGAUGGAGAGAAGCUCAUCCAGACGGCGCUGGAUGCGUUCGGAAGAAUAGACGUGGUGGUGAAUAACGCUGGGAUUCUGCGUGAUCGCUCAUUCGCGCGCACCAGUGAUGUGGACUGGGACCUGAUUCAGCGUGUUCAUCUCAGAGGAUCGUUCCUCGUCACCAGAGCCGCCUGGAACCACAUGAAGCAGCAGAAGUUCGGCAGGAUCAUCAUGACCUCGUCCGCCGCAGGGAUUUAUGGGAACUUCGGGCAGGCCAACUACAGCGCGGCGAAGCUGGGUCUGCUGGGUCUGGCAAACACACUGGCCAUCGAAGGACAGAAGUACAACAUUCACUGCAACACCAUCGCCCCCACUGCAGGGUCCAGACUCACCGAGACCGUCAUGCCUCCAGAUCUGGUCCAGUCUCUGAAGGCGGAGUACGUGGCGCCGCUGGUGCUCUGGCUCUGUCAUGAGUCCUGCCAGGAGAACAGCGGCCUGUUUGAGGUCGGCGCUGGCUGGAUCGGCAAAUUGCGCUGGGAGAGGAGUCUGGGUCGUAUCGUCCGUCAGAAGAGCGAGUGUGUGACGCCGGAGGCUGUGAGAGACGCCUGGAGAGACAUCUGUGACUUCACUAAUGCUACUAAACCUGCUAGCAUACAGGAGUCGCUGCAGACGCUGGUGGAGGUUUUGUCCAGAGUGGAGGACGAGAGAAAGAUUGGAGCAAACCCAACAGCAGUCGCAACAAACCCUGCGCAGGCCAUCGGGCAUGUGCUGCCGGACAUGACGUUCACACACACACACAUGAACUGUAUCCUGUACGCUCUGGGAGUGGGCGUGUCCAGCAGAGACCCUCAGCAGCUGCAGUUCCUCUAUGAGGGACACACACACUUCUCCUGCCUGCCCACGUUUGGGGUGAUCCCGGCGCAGGGGGCGCUGCUGGGGCUGGGGAGCAUCCCGGGACUCGACAUAGACUUCACCAGGCUGCUGCAUGGAGAGCAGUACCUGGAGCUGUACAAGCCUCUGCCCACAUCAGGUACUCUGACGUCUCGAGCCACAGUGGCGGAUGUGCUGGAUAAAGGCUCCGGGAUGCUGAUCCUGCUGGAUGUGCACACGUACAGUGAGCAGGAGCUGCUGUGUUAUAACCAGUUCUCGGUGUUCAUCGUGGGCUCUGGAGGAUUCGGAGGGAAGCGAGUGUCCCAGAAGGCCGUGGCUCCAGCUGCUCCUCCAGACAGACCUGCAGACGCUGUGGUGGUGGAGGAGACAUCUAGAGAUCAGGCUGCUCUGUACAGGCUGAGUGGAGACUGGAACCCGCUGCACAUCGACCCCAACUUCGCUGCUAUGGGAGGCUUUCAGUCUCCAAUCCUCCACGGUUUGUGUUCGUUUGGUUUCGCGGCGCGGCACGUCCUCAAGCAGUUCGCAGGAAACGACGUCUCCAGAUUCAAGGCCAUGAAGGUGCGUUUCGUGAAGCCGGUCUAUCCUGGUCAGUCUCUGCAGACGGAGAUGUGGAAGGAGAACAGCAGAGUCCACAUCCAGUGUACAGUGAAGGAAAGCGGAGCUGUUGUGCUGUCUGGAGCUUAUAUAGAUCUACACCCUGCAGCAUCUGUGAACACCGGCCCGCCACAGGCACGUACACACACACACACUUACACACACACACACACACACACUGAUGCUGAAGGUGUGUUUGCUCCACAGACGGAGCUGCAGAGUGAUCUGGUGUUCGCUGAGAUCGAGCGCAGGAUUAAAGACUCAGGAGAGGAGCUGGUGAAGAAGGUGAACGCAGUGUUCGGCUGGGAGAUCACCACUGACGGAGAGACCCGCAGACACUGGACGGUGGACCUGAAGACGGGUCGGGGCUCAGUGCAGCGGGCCGCAGCUAAAGCAGAUGUCACCUUCACCGUGUCGGAUCAGGACUUCAUGGAGGUGGUGAUGGGGAAACUGAACCCACAGAAGGCCUUCUUCGCUGGUAAACUGAAGGUCAAGGGGAAUAUAAUGCUGAGCCAGAAGCUGGAGGCCGUGCUGAAGGACCAGGCCCGACUCUGAGCUUCAGACGCAGACAUCAGUCGGUCAUUAAAGAGAGAAGCACACUGAAACAUCACGCACUUCAUUAAAACAUGGCGCCGUUCUGUCUAACGCUCAUAGUUUGAGGAACGCUGCCGUUUACUGACCUCCACAGUAGGAAAAGAAAACUCAAUGGAAGUCCCUCAGCAUUCUGCAAAGUAUCUUCUUUUGUGUUCAAUGAAGCUUAAAGGGUUUUUUAAUGUAAAUAAUGAUAGUAUUAACAUUUUGGGGUGAAAAAUCUCUUUAAUACUUUACUGAUGUUGAACAGUUUAUAAAGAGAGUCUAAAUAGCAUUAAUAAAAAAACUAUUAAAUC